GCAAGUAAAGAGGCGGACGGCCGCCGCACAAUGACAAUUAGCACAGCUCUAAAGUGCGGCGCUUAGCCAGAGAAUACGGUCCUCUGUUCAUUUUUGCUUAGCAGAGACUGUACGCCUGCUCCUCGGCGUUUUUGUGAAGCCGUGAGGGAUCAGAAAAGAGCCCAAAGAGCGAGGAUGUUGGUCCCCGCGGGAAGAUAAUGAAGAGGCUGCGCGUUUUGUUGGUGUGCCUCGUUGUAGCUCUCCUGUGCUGGUACCCCAGUCAACAUGUGUUUUGUUCAGAGCAGAGCUUGUCUGGCCCAGGUCAGUCUGCCAGGGACAAUAACCCUGAUGGCCACAAGCAGGAGCAGGACUCCAGGGAACACAAGGUGGCAGAAGAAUGGACGACACACACAUCAUAUGAUAUGGGACUAGAGACGGAGAGAGCAGCACUAGAGAAGCCCACAACACAAAACAACAAACAACAUGAACGGGUAACACAAUAUACUGUGAAUCCUCAGGAAGCUGAGGUGGAGGAGGCAAAGCCAGACCUAGAGUCUGACACUGUACCUGUUGUUCCUGAGCCAGACCCCCAGAGUGAUUUGAUCCUGAAAACUGAUGCCCAAGACCAUGACCAGGAGACCUCAUUGUCCUCCACUCCAGAACCUGUUCCAGCACAGGGCCAAGUUUCCACAGACAUCCCAGCCCAGGCUGAAAUCCACAGUGACUCUCCUGCUGCUCCCCCCAGUCUGGACUCGAACCCAGUCACACUCCCAGAUGAAGCUGAAAACACACCUACCUCAGAGAGUGCCGGCCCAGCCGACACAGGUGCAGCGCGGGCUGCCAAUGCAGGAGAUGAACUCCCAGUAGACAUCUUUGUCUUUGCUGAGCACUCAGAUUCACAGUGCGGGGUCAUCCCCCCCGAACUGGCAACCUGUGAAAACUCCCCUUUUGGCAUCCCUCUCUUCAGAGCGGACGAGGCUGUCAUAGAACACCAGCAGUCAGACCAGGGAUUCGGUUCUGGUCCAAAAGCAGAGGUCCAGUCUACACCAGGCCUUGUGGAUCAGGAACAACAGCAGAGGCAGGAGCUGGAGGAUGGGCUGUUGGAUUUGGACCAGGAGGGCAACAAUUCCCAGCAUCUGAAAGAACAGCAGGCAGGGGAUGCCAGAGUUGCCAGAGAGACUGAUCCCUCCGUGCCCAGCAAAGAAGAUAUCCCCACCUUUGACGAGUGGAAGAAACAAGUCAUGGAGGUGGAGAAGGAGAAAAGUCAGUCUCUCCAUACCUCAGCCAGUGGCAGCCCCCAUCCAGUGAAGAAGGUCCAGAAGAACUUUAAGAAUAACUACGCAUCUGUGGAGUGUGGUGCCAAGAUACUGUCUGCCAACAAUGAGGCCAAGAGCACGUCAGCAAUUCUCAUGGAAAAUAUGGACCUUUACAUGCUGAAUCCUUGCAGCAACAAAAUCUGGUUUGUAAUAGAGCUCUGUGAGCCUAUUCAAGUCAAGCAGCUGGAUAUCGCUAACUUCGAACUCUUCUCAUCAACACCAAAAGAUUUUCUGGUGUCCAUCAGUGACAGAUAUCCUACCAACAAGUGGGUAAAGCUCGGUACUUUCCACGCGCGUGAUGAGCGCAUCGUCCAGAGCUUCCCACUGGAUGAGCAGCUUUAUGCUAAAUAUGUGAAGAUGUUCAUCAAGUACAUAAAGGUUGAACUCCUCUCACACUUUGGAUCAGAACAUUUCUGUCCCCUCAGUCUCAUAAGGGUGUUUGGUACCAGCAUGGUGGAGGAGUAUGAGGAGAUAGCAGAUUCCCAGUACCCUUCAGAGAGACUGGAGUACUUGGAUGAAGACUAUGAUUAUCCUCCUGGUUACCAACCGUCAGAGGACAAGGCCUCUAAAAACCUGCUUGGCUCAGCGACCAACGCCAUCCUAAACAUGGUGAACAACAUUGCUGCUAACGUGCUGGGCGGCAAGUCGGAGCUGGAGGGUGGAGCAGAAACCAGAGGUAACACAACAACAGAGGAGAAUGAAAAGAAGGGGACUACUGAAGUUAAAAGUAAACCAGCUGAAACACUUCACGACCCUGCAGAACUGCAGCCGGCAGAACCUGAAGACCCUGUAAUUCAGGAGGACUCGAACAUCUCCAAGGACUCCUCCACACCCUCUCCCUCCUCGUCUGACUCCCCUGAGGACAGACAGAUUGUCACUCUUGUAGAGGAGGAGGAGGAGGACGUAGAGCCCAGACAGUCAACUGUCACCCUUAUGGAAGAGGAGAGUGAGGAGGAGGAAGAGAAGAGGGAGGAGGAGACGAGGAGGGAGGCAGACAGGAACCAGUGGGAGAGCCAGAAAUACUGUCCUUUUGUUUCGCUCUCCUCCCUGUCUCUAUCUUGUAUGGCCACUCUACCGGAGCUGCUUCACCGCUGGUGCUCCGCCAGACUGGCGAAGGGGAGGCUCCGCAGCCUACGGCGGAGGCAGCUGAGCGCUAAAACACAGACUCAAGCUGCUGCGAACACCCCUGUCCUCAAACACACACCGUCAGUAAUCCCUGUCCCUGUCCCCACACCUCCACAAGACGUCCUUCCCCUCACAGAAAAAGCUCCAGAGCCCGAGCUGCCUAAGGGCCAAAAUGAGGACAAAUCUCUGGGUGAGGUGCACACCACCUACACACAUCCCCACACUCACAUACCUGAUGCACACACUCCAGAGCUCAGCAUCCUCCUGGAGCCGAGUAGAACCUCCACCAUCCCCCCUCACAGUUUCUCAGACAUCCACAGUUCACUGACGCGGCCGACCCCCACGCAUGGGGAGAAGCUACUACCUCCCAUCAAAGACGCAGCCCUGAACCCUGUCCCUACUCCACCCCUCCAUGUUGCCUCUAUCCCAGAGACGCAGCAGGCCAGCAGUGCCACCCCCUCCCUCACUGUUAGCUCUCCCUCACAGCCUGUGUCCCCUGAGAUGGCCUCUCCUGGUGUUGUGGUUCCUCCUGUCAAGGAGCAGCCCAUUCAGCCUCUCCCCACUGCAUCGAGGCCUGAAGACCUGAUGCCCCCUCCCACUGAACUGCCUACAGCGGCCCCACUCACUGAUACUCAGACAGAUGCAGUACAUUCAGGCACAGAAAGCGGGGACUCACAGAGACGCAAUGUCCAGGCAUCUCAGACUCACGGGGAGCAGGGGGACUAUGUCUCUCAGACCGGAGAACCCUAUCGGGUGGAUGACACAGUGUACGAGGACCUGUUGAGCACUAAUGGGAACAGCAACAUCCACCGGACCGCCACAGACUUCUAUGCAGAGCUGCAGAACGGGGGAGACUACAAUGGCGGGGGGGUGAAUGUAAACGGCAUGCUGUUGAACGGGGGAGCGGUGCAUGGCUCCAGCCAGAAGGAGAGCGUGUUCAUGAGGCUAAACAACAGGAUCAAAGCUCUGGAGAUGAACAUGAGCCUGUCAAGCAGAUACCUGGAGGAGCUGAGCCAGAGAUACCGUAAACAGAUGGAAGAGAUGCAGAGAGCGUUCAAUAAAACCAUCAUCAAACUGCAGAACACCUCCCGCAUCGCCGAGGAGCAGGACCAGAAGCAGACAGAUUCAAUCCACCUCCUGCAGAACCAGCUGGAGAAUGUCACUAAACUGAUGUUAAAUCUCACUGCUGCAGUCGGCCAGUUGCAGAGAGAGGUAUCUGAUCGUCAGAGCUACUUGGUAGUCUCUCUGGUUCUGUGUCUGUCUCUGGGCCUCCUGCUGUGUCUGCAGUGCUGCCGCAGCUCCUCUCCCAGCCCCAGCUCCACUGCUGUUGCGCUGCCCAAGAGCAACCACUACCCCAGCCCUAAAAGAUGCUUUUCCUCUUAUGAUGACAUGAGCCUAAAGCGCAGGGUUACCUGUCCGCUGGUUCGUUCUAAGUCUUUUCAUCUGUCCUCUACAGAAGUAGGUCCAGAUGACUUGUACAUUGUAGAACCUCUAAGGUUUUCUCCAGAGAAAAAGAAAAAGCGUUGCAAGACAAAGUCAUCGGACAAGGUUGAGACUCUGAAGGCAUCUAAUCCCUCUGCUUCCCUCACAAAUGGGGGUCCCCUGAGUAACGGCUUCCACCCCUGCCUCCCUGAGCCAACUCCUGCCCUCCUCCCCCCUCCUCCCCCGCUUCCUCUUCUUCCUCCUCCCCCCCCACCAGUUCCUCCCCCUCCCUUCACAAAGGAGGUGUCGUCGUUGCCCCCGUGCGCCUCCAAGGAGUUCCCCUCCGAGACCAGCAGCUGCUGCUCAUCCACCCACUCCGAGGAGUCCUACACAAGCUGCCUCACCCCUCCCUCCCCCAUCCUCCCCUCUUACCGCCUGUGCAACGGCCACGUCCUAAGCAUCCCCCUCCAGCAACCCCCUACCAAGUCCCGCCAGGAGAAGCGCUCUGUGAAGCGGCGGAAGUCGGGGGGCAGCGCCGCCUCUCUGCCCAGCCUGCAGCAGCUCAUGAAGGGAAACAAGGAGAUCAACGUCGGGACCAUUGGAGUGACAGCCGUCACCGGACAUGUCUGAAAUACACUUCACUUCUACACAACUUUCUAUACUCAUUCACACACAAUCACACACACACACACACACACACACACACACACACACACACACACACACACAAAGGCUAUAUGGUAGCGGACUUGCAAGGAGAUGAGGUCUUACUGCAUCCCAAAGAACCACUUUUCCCACGUGCACCCGGGCGCACCGUGGAACUGACAUGGCUCUGGCAGCAGUAGCUCGACAUCAUCCAGUCCUUAUCCACUCCUGUCAAAGACCUGUUUACGGUUACGUGCCUUUAUAUCUGUUCCAGACCUUUUUAAUGCUAAAAAAAGCCCUGAAAUGUAAAGAAUAGGUGGAGUGGGCAGAGAGAGAGAGACACUGUGGUGGGAGUGAAACAUUGAUACAAGUCAAAUCCAUUGAAGUGUGUUCAAGAUAUUUGUUGUUUUUUCUAAUGGAUAAGCACAUUGGCCUCAACUCUAUGUUUCUUCACACACCAAGAAGUAUCAGGCUGCUCCUUUCCGGCAAAAAGUGUCAUUACGAGAGAACUGUAGAGCAUGACAAACCUCUUCUUUUAUCUUUCUUUCAUUCUCUCUUUCAUUGCCAUCGUUUUUAUCUUAUCCAUUCUGUCUUAGCAUUGCAUCCUAACAUGACUGCAGGUGUUCGUAUGGGACCAGUGUUAAACUUCUCAGACCCUCUAAAUGUUCGUCUCUGUUAGUCUACUCCGAAACAACCGUCAGAGCUGAAUGAAGAAAAUGUCUUUGCAUGGAGUGUGUUCGUCCUUUCACUUGUGUGUCCCACUAAACCUCAGAUUACAAAUACAACAGCAGCAGCCUGUAGAUCCUAAUGAGUUCACAGGGAAAUAACUCCAUGAAGUGUACCUGCUCAAUUAGUUUGGGCUGGGCCCGAAAACAUUUGAUCACACAGCAAAUUAAGAGGUGUUGUGCUUUUUAUCAGUGGACAUUGUGUCUGUGAGGAUGCUUGAUUGUACAGUGAGACUCGACAGGCCAGAGCAAAGCUGAACUUUAUUCUUUUUCUUUCAUAUUCCAAAAACUGAGCCAUAUUCCUCAUGUUACAGAUGUGCUUUGUUUGAAUUAUUGUCACAACUAGUAUGUAAAGUUUUCCUACAGUGUACUGACUGAGGACACUGGGUAGCUGAAUGUUUACUCUAUUGACUCACUUUCUCUCUCGCUCUCUCUCUCUCUCACACACACACACACUCUCACAGACUACUGGGACCCUGUAGUCAAGACUGACAGACCAGUUUUAUUUAUCUAUUUAUUUAUUUAAAUGACUACAGAUUUCUUUAAAGUAGGCACUGGUCUGACAGUUUCCCUUCACUGCAGUGUCACAGUAGUUUAUCACGUGAGUAUAUUAUAAAGAAAAUAUAAUGGUGAAUAUACUCAGCGGUACUGACGCACAGUCAUGGUGAAUGGCUCAACCACGAGGAUCUUCUGUCUUUUUAAUUUAUUGUUUUACAUUUUACCUUAGGCUCUGAUGUUGGAACAGCCCCGAGCUCUGUUUGCCUGAAAUGUCAGACGUAUAUCAGCAGUCACAUGUACCUACAGCACCCUAUGUACCCAACAAGAUAAUAGAGUAUUGAUUUACAUGUUCGUCAAGAUAGUCACGCUGCUGCUCUUGUAUUAGUUCAGAGCUGCUGGGUAGUUGGAAGGAGUGGAAAGAGUGUGUGUGUCUUCUACGUGCUUGUUACUGUGUCUUCGUUAGGAUCAUCUAACUGAUUUUAACUCGCCCACAACAACAUUGAGUUUAAUAUUUAAACACAAUGAGGGGUGAUCAGAUGUUGAAAAAAGAGAUUAACUAUUGUUUGUUUUUAAAUAAUAAAAUCUAACCAAUUCUUUUCUGUAUGUAUGCAGUUUCUGAUUGGCUCUGUGUGGUUGGACUUGUGUAAGCUUUGACAGAGACGGAGAACUCUUCUAACUUUACUCUCAUGACACCUCCUGACCAGCUUCUCUUUACAUAUCUUCAUCUGCCGUGGUCCCCUCUACUUUGCACGACAUUCUCUGUGACUGUGAAGAAUAUUUUUUUUAAAUGCUUGCUUUUAUCAGCCACUCUAAAGUGUUCCCAUUAGGGACUUGAAAUGCUUUAUCUCUCUGAAACACCUGCUUCUCUCACUCGCUCAUGUCUUUGCAGCCUCGCUCUCAUCACCACCCGACCCGACCAGUCUUUUAGUCACCCCACCCCCCCAUGAAUGAUAACGUGCUCUGCAAAGAGAAGGAUAAUGUAAAGGGAACACAGUAAAUGAUUUGGAACACUAUUAAUUUGAUUCUGUAUGUUCCACAAGCCGAGCUAAACAUGAGAUGUGUGUUUUUUUUUAACCCUCUUUGAAUGUGUAUGGUCUUAUGUUUGUGUGUGUAAACCUGUGUGCAUGUGAGAACCUUGUUUUGGUGUUGAUCUCAUGUAUGUGUGAGCGUCUGUGUUAUGAGAAAGACUACUUUAAUGAAUCUACCUAAACCCAUAACACAGCGACUUGGAAGAAAGCCCACGGUGAGGAAUUCUUGGAGCUCAGUGUGCACUUUGUAUGACUCCUCAUGCCUUUUUUUUUUUUUUUUUUUCUACCUGACAUGUAAAAGUGCUAUCUUUUGUUUUUUCUCUCUCUCUUUCUCUCUUUCUCUUUCUCUCUGUGAUUACUCUGAAGAGCUGCACAGUAUUUUUGAGCAGGAGUGAGUUACUGCAAAAAAAAUGUAGUGCCAUUAGAAACUGUGAAUUUCUAAAUAAAAACUUUUGUCGUCUUUCA